CGGAGGAGAUUCCAGGAGACAAGAGCACGGAGGAGAUUCCAGGAGACAAGAGCACGGAGGAGAUUCCAGGAGACAAGAGCAUGGAGGAGAUUCCAGGAGACAGAGCAUGGAGGAGAUUCCAGGAGACAGGAGCACGGAGGAGAUUCCAGGAGACAAGAGCAUGGAGGAGAUUCCAGGAGACAGGAGCACGGAGGAGAUUCCAGGAGACAAGAGCACGGAGGAGAUUCCAGGAGACAAGAGCACGGAGGAGAUUCCAGGAGACAGAGAGCACGGAGGAGAUUCCAGGAGACAAGAGCAUGGAGGAGAUUCCAGGAGAC